AUGAAAGUGUACGUCAAUUUUUCACAAGAUUUUGACGAAACAGAAUUUGAUAUUUUACGAGAUAAACGUUGGCAGAUUGGUAUUAUAAUACUUUAUGUGAUAGUGAUAGUAUUUGGUUUUAUUGGUAAUUUAUUAGUAGUAAUAGUCAUUGGGCGAUAUAAACAAUUACAUACAGUCACUAAUAUCUUUAUAGUUAAUCUAGCAUUGGCAGAUAUAGCCCUGUGUCUUUUUAAUCUACCGUUUCAAUUACAUUAUCAAAUCAAAGACUAUUGGUCUUUUGGUCGAGUACUGUGUCAUGUGAUCAACCCUACGUUUGGAGUGCCUGUAUUUGUUUCGAGUCUUUCUAUCCUGGCUAUAGCCGUGGAUCGUUUUAUAUUAAUAGUAUAUCCCUUUAAACCUCGUAUGACAAACUUUCAAGCAAUGGUAUUGGUUGUUAUCAUCACAGUGGUGACCAUUGUUUUGGCUAUUCCAUUAAUGGUGUUUACGGAAUUGGACGUCAUCAACGAACCUGCGAUUCAGCUUUUUAAAGUUUAUUGCGUUGAAAAAUGGCAUAUUCGUUCCAAAAGAAUUUAUGCUGUUACUGUUUUCAUUCUUCAAUUUGUGAUACCCUUAAUUUUAACGACAAUAUUCUACAGUCUAAUUUGCAUAGUGUUGAAAAAUAGACCAAUCAAAAAACAUGAAACAAGACGGAACCGACGAACAAAUAAAAUUCUCAUUUCUGUUGUUCUGACCUUCACCUUGUGUUGGUUGCCAUGGAAUAUUUUCAGCCUUUUUACCGAGUUUGUGCCAAAUGGCAUUCCAAUUAAAUAUUUUAGAUUAACUGAUCUACUGAUAAAGAUAUUUGCCAUGAGUUCUGCCUGUAUUAAUCCAUUUCUAUAUGGAUGGUUAAAUGACAGUUUUCGAAAGGAGUUUGGGAAACUUUUGUUCAGUGGCUGGAAAAAGGUGAAUCAUAAUGGACAUGAGUUUUCACGUACCACAGGCUUUAACAAUACCAUGGAAUUAGGAACACCAAUAAAACGAAGACUUUGUUCUGAUGACGAGGAAUAA